AUGCUAUCAAGGAGCGUACUUCCGGUGCUGCUGGUGCUGCAAUUUUCCGGCCAGCUACAAUGUGCAGGCAUACGGGCUAAAUUUGCCAACUACGAAACGAAGUUCAUAAACGAUUUUAUCAACUUUACCCGGCCUGCUGGCGAUAUUAUGGAACCGAUCUACUACGACUACGACGGUGGCACCAAAACGUCCGACUACGAGACGGGCAUGACGUUGGGUGGUUUGCCAAUACCGGAAGAGACAUCUGGUCGCUCUGCCGCGACAAACGGUGAGGUAACCCGACCGCCGGACAUUUUUCCCGAUCCGGACAAAAUAUACGCUUCCUUCAUUAACAAAAGCACGAUGAAACGGAACCGAUAUCCGGGGGAGGAGAAUGUGAUAAAAGUGUAUUCCUCGAAGUCUUUGCGCAAAGCACCGCAGGCUCACACAACGGACGAUGAGAGUUCCUUCGAUAAUCUGAACAACGAUAUGAAGGGACACGAUUUCAUCGACAACAUCAUGUACAUCUACUAUGGAACUAAUGGGAAUUUGCGCAAAGAUCUCGGCGGGAAUGUGAUCGUGAUCGGAGCCGUCUUUGCGCUGGCCCCGCAGAUACUCACCAUCAUCAUACUGUUCCUGAGGAACCGUCGUCUGCGCCACUUUAAUGCGUUCUAUCCGAUCUGUCUGAAUCUGUUGCUGGCACUGAUCGCGUCCAAUUUGUCCUUCAUACUGGGCGUGCAGGCAACGCGGAAUGUGAUCCGGUGUGAGUUGAUCGCACUGCUGCUGCACUAUUUGCAUCUGAGUACGAGCAUCUGGUGCUUUAUCUACAUCUACGUAAUAUACGAUCUGCUUGCGAACGAGUGUACACCGAAGUUGAAGUACCAUUAUCUGAUGGGUUACGGUAUUCCGGCGGUGUACGUGUUGUUUUCGUACGCUUCUUCUAUUGAUCGGUUUGAGGUGCACCGAUACUGCUGGAUGUCGAUCCAGAAAGGUAUGAUCGUGAGUUUUAUGGUGCCGAUAUCGUUUCUGAUCAUUCUUACCACCGUGCUGGGAACACUGAGUCUCAAGCGUAUCUCCACCAAGCAAACGGAGCUACUGUGCGAAAGCAUAGAAAGCAUCAUCGAGACAACGUCCAAGUGUAACGACAUCAUAUAUCCACGUUUGCCAUCAUUGGCUGGCGUUAACAUGGCCAUGGUGUGCCGAAGCAACAGCUAUCCGCAGCUAGAGCAGGUGAAGGACCGUAACGUGUGCUGCCAAGAGUACGCAGAUUGUGUUAAUCGCCACUCGGUGGUAACGUUACCACAGCCGACCACCACGGGUAUGGCUAUCACACCGGGCAUGACGACGGCAGCCGCCAGCCAGUAUGCGAUGAAUGCCACCAAACGUUCGUUCGAUUGUUACGAUACACGGAUCGAUCUGGGACAGCUGUCACUGGCCGAACUAACCACACCGAGCAUGGCGUCGGAUGUACAGGACUUUACGGAGUUCAAGAAGGCGAUCAAGUUUGGACUGUUCUUCCAACCGAUCUUCUCCGUGUGCUGGUUCCUGGAGAUCAUUGCCCUGGAGAAUGUCCACUCGUGUGUGAUGCCGGUAAUAUUUGCCAUUAGUUUCAAUAUUCUGAAUUGGUGCAUGCUGGUACGGUCCUCCAAUGUCUGUCCAUACAUUAGCUCCACGAUGGAGAAAACGCUUGAAAGCCAGCAGGUGGGAUCCUGCGGUGAAUCACUGAACGGUACAAUUGGUCCCGGUGGAGAUAACGACGCAACACAGACAAGUGUGUGCACCGAUACGAUUCCGUUGCUUUGUGCUUCCAACAGUGGAUCUACUGUCAUUAGUCCGAGUGGUACUGUGUGCGCUUCGAUGAAAGGCUCCGGAGCUACGGUUGCCACCGUACCACGCAAAUUCUCGGCCGCUUCCAUCACAGAAGAGCAGCAGCAACCGCUGUUCUAUAGCAAUUUCAUUGGCACAACAAACGUACCCAUGUCGUGGGAAUCAAGCAUUGAUUUAGGCGCUUACCAUCUGCACGAAACGAAGAACGCUGACUGCAUCAGCACUAUCAGCAACUAA